AUGCCGCGCCACGACCUCGAGGACGACGACGACGACCUCGCCGCCCCGCAGCUGCCGUACGCGUCGCGCCACUCGGCGACCUCGUCUUCGUCGAGCUUCACGAGCGGGACCUACACGCCGGCCCUGCGUCGCGGCCUCUCGUCGCCCGCCUCGGUCGACCACCACCCGUCGGCGACGGCGCCGCUCGCCCUCCCUCACCUUCCUCGCUCCUCGUCCGCCUCGCACCUGUACCCGCCCGUCUCGACGUCGUUCGAGCACCUCCUGUGGACCAAGUCGAACGCAUCGGUCGACGACUUCCUCCACGACCCGUCGCCGCUCGUCGACGCCGCGCUCGACAAGCGCCGCUGGAAGCGCCACACGGUCCCGCGCAUCGUCGACAUCCUGUCGCUCGUCCUCGUCGUCAUCGCGCUCCUCGGCGUCUUCCUCGGCUGGCCCGUCCUGCGCUUCGGCAUCCUCGGGUCGUGGGGCAACCCGCACAGCGGCGCGAGGACCGACCUCGGCUGGAACCUCGGCGGCAUCAACGCGACGGGCAGCGUGCCCCUCAUCCCUGGGCUUCCCGGACUCGUCGACACGGACACGCCGCUCGAGGCGUACACACGUCAAGGCUUCUUCGACGGCGAGGUCUACAACCUCGUGUACUCGGACGAGUUCAACGUCGACGGCCGCACCUUCUGGCCCGGUGACGACCCGUACUGGGAGGCCGUCGACCUGCGCUACGUACGCCGCCUCUUUCGCUUCUCGUUCAUGUCGGAGAAUGAUCCCGAUGCCGUCACGACCAAGGACGGCAAGCUCGUCAUCACGCUCGACCAGGAGCCGUGGAACGGGCUCAACUUCCGGUCGGGCAUGCUGCAGUCAUGGGACAAGUUCUGCUUCACCGGCGGCUACCUCGAGAUCUCGGCAUCGUUCCCGGGCAACGCCGAGACGAUGGGCUUCUGGCCCGGCGUCUGGACCCUCGGUAACCUCGGUCGUGCUGGAUACGGCGGCUCGGUCGACGGCGUCUGGCCUUACUCGUACACCUCCUGUGACGUCGGCACCCUGCCCAACCAGACGUACCCGGACCAAAGCGGGCCCGACGCCGCGAGGCACAGCGGGCUCAGGGACUACGGCGGCUCGCUCUCCUACCUUCCUGGGCAGCGCAUGUCGGCGUGCACGUGCGAGGGCGAGGACCACCCUGGCCCGAGCGUCAACGUCGGUCGCGGUGCGCCCGAGAUCGACGUCACCGGUGCGUCCCAAUCUCGCUCUACUCGUGCCCGUCGAGCCAUCGUCGCUCACCUCUUCCCAAGCUCGCAGUUCGCGCCGAUGGACGCCGGCUAUGCCUGGAAGAACGAGACGCCACACUUCACGAUCUACAACGACACGCGCUCCGUUCAGAACCUGUUCACCGGCGCCGUCUACCAGGAAAGCGCCAGCAUCAUCUCGCUCACCGACACAACGUCCUACGAGGGUCGUGGCUACUCGACCUUUGGCUUCGAGUACGAGCCCGGUCCGAACGGCGUCAUCACGUGGGCCGUCAACCGCACGCCGACCUGGCAGAUCACGGCGGGCGCCAUGGGCCUCAACGACGAGACCGAGAUUGGGCAGCGCCUUGUGAGCAUGGAGCCGAUGGCAAUCAACAUAAACUUGGCCAUCUCGAAGGCGUUCCAGGAACCUGACUGGGCCCACCUCACGUUCCCGGGCACGUUCCGCAUCGACUACGUUCGCCUGUGGCAGAAGGGCCCGCCCCGCAUCGGCUGUGACCCGGACGACCACCCGACUGCCGCCUACAUCGCCCGCCAUUCCGACGUCUACACCAACCCGAACCUGACUGUUUUCCCCGCGCCCUUUCCCCAGAACCGCCUGUCGUCGACGGGCUGCGCUUAGCGUCGUCUCUCCACCUGUACCCGCACCCGCACCGUCUCGCAUCGCUUGCAUGAUCCUGCUCUUCUCUCGCACGAGCCCCGUCCUCGAUACCGACACUCGCCUUCC